ACCCAGGUCAGUGGACGUUGGCGUCGGAGUUGCUGCGUCUGUGCGAGGGCGGAGACGGGCCCCCCGUGGGCCGGGAGCCCCGACGUCCGCUGGACCGAUCUCCGCACUCGCGGGGUGUGGAGGGUGGGGCUGGCUUGCGGCUUAACUGACCCCGGGUUCCGUGGAGUGCUUGGUCUCGGGCUCGCCAGUAAGUUGUGGAAAGAACGAAUGAUGCUUCCGCCUGGGACUCCCGUCAGUCUUAGGGUAAAUCCCGCCCCCAACGGGACCUGGGAGGACCCACGCUGCCCCCACCUGCCCUCUUCUAACAGGUGACCUUGGGCGUCGGGCGGAGGGGGUCCGCUUUCCGGGCAGAGACAAGUUCAGGGGGCCCGGGAGGGGCAGUGAGGUUGCGGUGGUCCCAGCUGCUGGGGCGGGGGGCGGGGGGCGGGAUGCUCCACCCCUCCUCCGCCAGCACCGACUUGGCGGCCAGUCAGAGGCCCUUCUUCCCGUGGCCAAAGCCUGUGUUCUCCGUAGCCAUUUGUGCUCCCUGGUCCCGAAGUGUCCUGGCCUCGGGGCAAGUGCUGUCAGAGCUCAGGAAGGAGGCUCAUGGUUCCUGGUGGAGUCUCCCCGGGAGUGAGGUGGGGAGCGGGCGGCGCAGGUCCGGUCCCUGCCGGUUACCCAGGGAGGCGCCAACCCUCCAGGUGCCGUUCUUGUGAGGUCAGUGCUGAGGGUUCUGCUCCUCUGCCCACGUUCACGAAAAUAGUUUCAGGAUUGAUGGAAAUGUAUUUAACGACAAAAGUUGGGGCACAUGCUUCCCAAUGUCAGUACAUCGUAAUCACUGUGAUUACGGAGGAAUUCCCGAUGCCCUCUCUUCCUCCCUGUACAAGAGUAAGCAGCGGUUAACAUGUUGCCUCUGGUUUGUGAGAGGCAAGGCUUCGGGUGAAUUGGGGGAACUCCCUUAGCCUUUCGGGGACUGGUUGGAGGUGAUGAGAUGUCUCCCCCCACCCCCCACCCCCGCCCGGGGGGGGGGGGCUGUGGGAGAAAUGAGAACCCAAAGAAGCUGAGCUGAGUCAUCUCUAUGUAAGUCUCACGGCUGCGACCAGUGAAGCGGGAACUAUGAUUGUAUUGAUCCAGAAACAGACGCUCAGAGAAAUGAAGUGAUGUCUUCAAGGUUAACACAGCUGGCAAGUGUCGGCUUUCAAGAGUUUGGAUUCCAGCCACAGGAGACUGACUUACGGACUGGGGACUUGUAGUCGCUUUAACCAGGAUGUGCCCCUCAGCAUGGGGCAGGCAGCGAGCAGGACCAGUGAGGCUCAGGUAUCUGUGACCUUCGACGAUGUGGCCGUGACUUUUACCCAGGAGGAGUGGGGGCAGCUGGACCCGGCCCAGAAGACCCUGUACCAGGAGGUGAUGCUGGAAAACUGUGGACUUCUGGUGUCUCUGGGGUGUCCCGUCCCCAGACCGGAGCUCAUCUGCCAGCUGGAGCGCGGGCAGGAGCCGUGGACGGCGAAGAGAGGCCUCUCCCAGAACACCUAUCCAGGUGACAAGGACAAACCCAAGACCAUGGAACCCACCACUUGUGAUCCAGCCCUGCCUGAGGGGGCCUCGUUCCAGGAACUAAGACGUGGUGACCCAGGGAACUACCAGCUGGGCCAAACCAAGGAUCAGCGUGGACCGUCAGAAAUGCAGGAAGGACACUCGAGACCAGGGUUUGAAGCCCAGAGGGAGAAAAUGACCCCUGAACGUGGUGGUUCAGGAACAGCUGAUGGAGUGUGUUCGCGGAUUGCACAGGACCUGGUCCCCCUAGGUGGUGCCAUCCGUGACCGUGACUCAUGUGGAUCGGGUAAAGAUCCCGUGAUUCAAGAAGAGGAAAAUGCCUUUAAGUGCAAUGAAUGCGGGAAAACUUUUAAUAAGAAGCACCUUCUUGCUGGACAUGAAAAGAUUCACUCUGGAGUGAAGCCCUAUGAAUGCACUGAGUGCGGGAAAACCUUCAUUAAGAGCACACACCUCCUCCAGCACCACAUGAUCCACACGGGGGAGAGGCCCUACGAGUGCAUGGAGUGCGGGAAGGCCUUCAACCGCAAGUCCUACCUUACACAGCACCAGCGGAUUCACAGCGGGGAGAAGCCUUAUAAGUGCAACGAGUGUGGAAAGGCCUUCACCCACCGCUCCAAUUUUGUCCUGCAUAAGAGGAGACACACCGGUGAGAAAUCCUUUGUGUGCAAAGAGUGUGGGCAGGUCUUUCGACACAGGCCGGGUUUCCUUCGACAUCACAUCAUCCACACUGGCGAGAAUCCCUACGAAUGCUUCGAGUGUGGCAAGGUCUUCAAACACAGGUCCUACCUCAUGUGGCACCAGCAGACUCACACUGGGGAGAAGCCCUACGAGUGCAGCGAGUGCGGGAAGGCCUUCUGUGAGAGCGCGGCCCUCAUUCACCACUACGUCAUCCACACGGGGGAGAAGCCCUUCGAGUGCCUGGAGUGCGGGAAGGCCUUCAACCACAGGUCCUACCUCAAGAGGCACCAGAGGAUCCACACCGGGGAGAAGCCUUUCGUGUGCACCGAGUGUGGAAGGGCCUUCACCCACUGUUCCACUUUCAUCUUGCACAAAAGGGCCCACACCGGAGAAAAACCUUUUGAGUGCAAAGAAUGUGGGAAAGCCUUUAGCACUAGGAAGGACCUCAUCCGACACUUCAGCAUCCACACCGGGGAGAAGCCCUUCGAGUGCUCUGAGUGCGGGAAGGCCUUCAACCGCCGCUCGGGGCUCACGAGGCACCAGCGGAUUCACAGUGGAGAGAAGCCCUAUGAGUGCAUGGAGUGUGGGAAAUCCUUCUGCUGGAGCACAAACCUCAUCAGGCACGCCGUCAUCCACACCGGGGAGAAGCCCUAUAAGUGCAGCGAGUGUGGCAAGGCCUUCAGUCGCAGCUCCUCCCUCACUCAGCAUCAGAGGAUUCAUACUGGGAGACACCCCGUCAGGGGCAGCGCAGCAGAAGUGGGGAGACCCUUCGCGAGCGGGCAGUCCUCGGUCACCCUGCGAGAACUCCUUCUGGGGAAAGACUUCUUGAAUGUAACCACCGAGGAAAACCUUUUGCCGGAGAAAACCUCUACCAUGGCAUCUGAUCGAACAUACCAAAGAGAGACCCCCCAGGUAUCUUCGCUGUGAGAAAAUCAUCCAUCCCAGGCCGUCAGGAGUCGUGUAGAGAUGCAGUUAGAGAUUGGCCCGGCCCAGAGCCUUACUGUGCAUCUGAGAGUUCAUCCGGGAGAGACCGGUGUUGAUUAUGCAGGAAGUAAAAUGUUCAGCUACUUUUUUCUUAGUUUACACUGCAGCGUUAUCUCAGGAAUUUUUAUAAAAAGAAGGUGGAGAUUAGAAGGGCAAAUGAAAUGAAAAGUUUGUGAGACUUCUCUGUCAAGCUUUGUCAAGCACUUUGUCAUGGAUUCCUUUGUUUACUUGGGGCAGGGGGGGUGUUUCAGAGGCCACGGGCCUUGACCCUUUGUGUGUCUUGUAUAUACAUUCAUUACUGUUCAGUGGCAGGAGAGUUAGACAGACGAGAGGGCAGGUAUUCAAAGCGGUAAAUACACACAUAAGAAUGGGCACAUUGUCUUGCACCAGUUAAGACGUUAAGACUUCACAGUUUUAGAAAACAAACUUUUUUAUUUGGUUUUAAACCCCAAACACCCAGACUUUUUCUUGAUCCCAUCUAUUUACUUAGUUUCCGUCGCUAUACGGUAAACCUCAAAAUUAGGUAAAAGUGAUUUCUCUCUAUUACUUAAAUUGAUUUAGUUUUCCUAGUUCCUUUGACUUUUCAUAUAAAUCUUAGGGUGCAGAAAAUCGUGUUUGCAUUUUAUAGGAAUUGGUUUGUAGAUCUGUUUGUUGAAAAGCAGCAUCAUGAACAUCGUACAUGCUAUGAUACUUCACUUAUUUAAUUCUUGGUAUUUCAUUACCGUUUUAUAAUUUUCAAUACAGGCUCUGUAUAUUUUUGUUAAGAUUUGUAACUAGGUGUUUUGUUUUUUGAGUGUAAAUGGCAUUGAUUUUUACACUUUGAUUUUCCAUAUGAUCUUCAGUAGUAUGCAGAAUGAUCAUUGGUUUGGGGGAUGAUAUUUUGGUAACCUGCACCCUUGCUAAACUCACAUUAUUUCUAGCCAUUUCUCUGGGUAGAAUCCUUAGGAUUUUCUGCAAAGGUACAUCAGCUGCAGAUAGAGUUUUAUUUCUUCCUUCCCAUCUGUUUAUCUAUGACUUUAUUUUCUUACUGCUCUAGGUGUACUUCCAGUGUGAUAUCAGAUAGGAGUAGUAAGAAAGGAUGCCCUUGACUGAUUCCUCAAAUGAGGCGGGAAACUUUGUUUUUCAUCAAAUACAAUGUUAAAAGUUCUUUUUGGAGUUUUCUUAUCAAGUUUAGAAAAUUUCCAUCUAUUCCUAAUUUACUGAGUUGUUUGUUUGUUUUUUUUAAUUAUGAAUAAGCGUUGGAUUUUGCCAAAUGCUUUGCCUCCAUCAAUUGAUGUGAUUAUCUGAUUUUUCCUUUAUAGUUUAUGGAUAUAUAGUGUAUUAACUGAUUAGGUUUGAAUAUUGAACCAGUCUUGCAUCCUUGGAAUAAAUCCCACUUGGUUGUGGAGUAUAAUUUUUUUUUUACA